AUGAAUUUAGAUUUUGAUUUUUUCUUGUCUGUAUUAGAAUUUGCUACACACAAACACCGAUUUCAACUUAGAAAAGAUGGCGCGUCCUAUAUUGAACAUCCAAUUAAAGUAUGUAAAAUAUUAAAAGAUGCAGGUAUUAAUGAUAUUGAGAUAUUGAGUGGUGCAUUAUUACAUGAUACUGUAGAAGACACAAACACCACAUUUGAAGAAUUAGAAGAACAUUUUGGUAAACAAAUUACUCAAUAUGUACGUGAGGUAACAGAUGAUAAAAAACUUGAUAAAGUAACAAGAAAAAAAUUACAAAUUGAGCAUAGUGGAACAAUUUCUUAUGGUGGCAAAAUGAUUAAAUAUGCAGAUAAAAUACAAAACAUGGGAUCAAUUAUUUCUACUGUGCCAUGCCCAUUUAAACCAUACGAAGUAGCUCAAGGGUAUAUGGUUUGGGGGAAAAAAGUAAGUGAAGCAUUUAGAGGAAUUAAUAGUAUAUUGGACAAACAAUUUGAUGAAAUUUUAAAGGGGAAUAUAACAGAUGAUAAUGGAAAAAUUUAUCCUGCUUUACCAGAAGGAAAUCUAGACGAAUUUUUACUUCAUUAUUACGAUUUAAUUCAUGACCAAAAAUAA